CGAAACUCUUUCUCAAAAUCAACACAUGACGGAGAAUAAAUUGUUUUCGUGACUUGAGCGAUCUUUUGUUUUGACUGGCAAAGUUUCAUGUAUUGUUCCGAUCUCAAUACAGCCUUCAACGUCUCUACCCUCGCGAACAAAACUAAGAUACAAGAUGAUCGCAGCAAGAUCCCCAAUUCAAUCCUUCCUAUCCUUCUUCCUCAAUAUUCAUCCUCACGAAACCUACUCCGUUUUCUACUCCACCUCAUCUUUCUUCUUUGUAUUAAGUGCGUAUUUUGUGGUUUUGCCAUUACGGGAUGAAGGUGCUAUCUCCUUAGGUAUUGGCAAUAUUCCGGGACUCUUUGUGGGAUCCUUGAUACUUACAUUGAUUGCUGCCCCUCUUUCAACUCUCAUCUUUUCAUUGCCUAAUCUUCCUAAAGCUAAGGCUUUGGUCUUGAUACACAGGUUUUUCAGUGCAAGUCUUGUGCUGUUUUUCAUAUUAUGGGCGCUAUCUUCUCCUGCAAAUACAUUUCCCACCUUCAAGGGUUUCUUCUCUGUGUCAUCCACCAUUAAAGAUGAAAUAAAGGUUGAAACUGAACCUGUUUCUACAAACCCUAGCGAUUGGGACAAGCAUGGAUGGUUUUACAUUUCAGUCAGAAUAGGGUUCUUCUUAUGGGUUGCUCUGCUAAAUCUUAUAACUAUAUCUUCAACAUGGGCAAGAGUGAUUGAUGUGAUGGACAAUGAGUCAGGUUCAAGACUGUUUGGAUUUAUAGGUGCUGGUGCUACUCUUGGUCAGCUUUUUGGUUCAUUGUUUGCUACAGCAAUGGCCUGGGUGGGACCAUAUCUAUUGCUAUUUGCUGCUCUCUUGAUGGAAUUGGCUGCACAGACAUCUAAAAGGAUCAAUAAGGAUGUAUCUGUUCCUUCUGAAGAAAUGGUUUCUCUCAGAAAAACAAAAGUUGAUGAUCAAGAUGAGAUCAACGAACCAGAUUCAUCUGAUCACAAACAAUCUUCUUCACCAAUUGCUUCAACUUCAAAUCUUGAUUCAACAAAGCCUCGAUUCUGGGCUUUACUAGAUGGAUUUUCCCUUAUAUGGUCUUCAAAUUAUCUAUUAGUUGUAUCAUUGUUCUUAUUUCUAGGAGCAAUCACCUCUUCCUUCUUCUACUUCCAGAAAGUAACAGUAAUUGCCUCAACUGUUACAACCCCUACUGAAAGAAGACGAUUAUUUGCACAAAUCAAUAGUUUUAUCGCUGUUUUUAUCCUCGCUGGACAGCUUACUUUAACAGGUCGGAUCCUUACUGUAGCUGGAGUUACUGUUGCUCUUUGCUCUGCACCAUUUAUAUCCUUCUUGAAUACGAUUACAAUCGCUGUUUGGCCAACUUAUUUUUCAGUUGCUCUCUCAGAAACCAUCCGGAAGGUGGUAACAUAUGUCGUAACUAGACCAGGAAGAGAACUACUAUUCACCGUCGUAUCACAAGAUGAAAAAUACAAAGCUAAGGUAUGCAUAGAUGUACUUGUGCAAAGAUUUGGAGAUGCUACGGCAGCUGGGAUGUAUAAGUUACUUUACAGCAAUCUCAAUGGCAAAACGACACAUAUUUCGCUUUAUGCUAUGCCCAUUUCUGUUUUAUGGAUAUUUACGGGAUUUCACUUGGGUCGUCGACAAACACAACUUGCCAAAUCACAGAAUCUCUCAUUCUCCUAAAAAAAAGGUGGAUUUUUCAAUUUUCAUUAGUUGUGUGUAAUAGCUAAUGAUUGGAUCUCAAAAUAACAUAUGAUUAUUAUUAUCUUUAAUAGAAGUUUAAAAAAAAAAUUGGAUUGAAGUA